UUUCCAUCCUCCAACGCACAUCCAUUAUAGCAAGCAACUACUACACACCCUAAACUUACAAAGAUACUAUCCUCAUCCUUCAUCGCAAUACCACCUUCUUCCGUCCUCCUGACCCCCUUCCUCUCUUCCUCUCUUCCACCGUCUCUUCUCCUCUUAGCCCUUAUCUCUUCCAUGGCAGACUGGUUUGUUGGCCCAAUCAUAGAUAAGAUCAUCAACGCUUGCUCUGAUUACCUGCAAGAUCAAUAUAGAUGGCAGACGGGCAUGAAGGAGGAGCUCGAAAGGCUGCGAGAAAACCGCCCUAAGGUCGAAGCUGUCGUCUCUGCUUCCACCCAAGCACAGAUCAGAGAUCGAAACCCAGCACUCAACAGCUGGAUAUGGCAGCUACGAGAUGCCAUCGAUGAGGCCGAUGAUGUUCUGGAUGACUUUGAGUACAAGAAGCUUCAAGAAGGAACUUGGCAAAAGGUGCGUUCCACCAUGAGUUGUUUAAAGAAAAUUGUCAAACGUGCUCUCAAGAUGGAUCCCAAUUUGAAGAGACUGGAGAAGGUUGUUAAGAAGCUUGAUAAAGUUUCAGCUGAGGUCAGUGCUUUCCUUCAUCUCUUUGAAAACGCAAAGCAGGAGCAGCGGGAGCUGGAGCAUCGGUUGUUCAAAGAUCGUGAAACAGGAUGCUUGCCUAAAAAUGAUCUCAUCGGUCGGGACGAGGAGAAGGAUUUUGUCAUGCAUUGGUUGAGGAAGCCAACAAAUGAAGAUCCAACUCAUAUUGCUAGUUCUACUUUGUACAAAAAUAUAUCUCUCUCCAUAGUGGGUCAUGGUGGCAUGGGCAAGACAACACUCUUACAACACAUCUAUGAAGAUCUGAAAGAAGAAUUUGAGCUGAAAAUGUGGGUUUGUGUUUCCAACGACUUUGAUGCAAAAAAGGUCAUUGUCGAUAUAUUGGAAUUUCUUAACAAGGAGAGGCCUCGUUUGGAGUCACUCGCUGCUGUUCAGGAGAGUCUUAAAGCUGUCGUGCAAUCCAAAAGGUUCGUACUUGUUCUGGAUGACAUUUGGGAGGAAGAUAUGAGCAAAUGGGAGAAUGUGCUCUCUCCUCUGGCUAACGGCAGUUUUGGAAGUAAGAUUUUGAUAACUACUCGAAUGGAUACAGCUGCAUCAGCAAUUGAAAAGGUUAUUAAAAAGAAGAUGAAAACAUUAAUAAUAAAUGGCUUGAAGGAAGAUGUGUGUUUGAAGCUACUCAACACUCAUGCAUUUGCUGGUGUAGAGAACCUUGGUGCUCAUAAAAAAUUAACAGACAUUGCUAGUUUGAUAGUUAAAAAGCUUUCAGGAUCUCCGUUGGCAGCGAAGGUCAUCGGUGGUGUUCUCAAUUCUAACUUGAACGAGAGUUUUUGGAUGAACAUUUUAAAUAGUCCUGAUAUUCUAAACGUAGAACCAGAACCGGGUCGCAAUAACAUUUUGCCUAUUUUAAGAUUGAGUUUUACGUUGCUUCUACAACCUCUACAAAAUUGUUUUGCAUUUUGUGGCAUAUUCCCACAAGAUCAUAAGUUUGAUAAAGAUGAUUUAGUCCGAAUGUGGAUUGCAUUGGGUUUCAUUCAGGAAUCUUCUAUUGAAGGAGAGACUUUGGAAGAUAAUGGAGGAAGGUAUUUUGAUGAUUUGGUCAGAAAAUCUUUCUUUGUCGAGUUUCAGGAUGACGAGAGAGUAUACUAUAAGAUGCAUGAUUUAUUACAUGAUUUGGCACAGUCUAUUUCUUCAGAAGAAUGUUAUAGAUUUGUGGGAGAUAAUGUUUCAUCUUUUAGACUUCCUAAAACUAUUCGGCACUUAUUUGUUGAAACUGAAAAUCUCGAAGUGUUGAGAAUGAUCAAAGAUGUUAAAUCCCUACAUUCACUUUUUUUAACAAGUCAAAUACAUGUUCAAUAUUUUACUGAAAUGCUUACUGACAUUUUUAAGGAAUCAAGAAGCAUUCGUUUAUUGUUUAUACACUGUCGAUGGCAGAAAAAGACGUCUGAGGCUAUUAAAAAUUUGAGACAUCUUCGAUAUUUGAAUCUUACUGCAGAUCUCACUCAGAUGCCAAGAUCUCUAAGCAGUUUUUAUCAUUUGCGGUUCAUAAUCUAUAAAACGGUGGCUGAUGGAUCUUGGUCUGAUGAUUUCUUGCCCGGCAAAGUGAGUAAUCUUUCUAAUCUGCGUCACUUGGAAUUGCCCGGCGAUGUGAGUGUACCUGGAAUUGGGAAAUUAAGGUCACUUCAAGAACUAAAAGAGUUUAAUGUGAAGAAUGAGAAUGGUUAUAGAAUUGGGGAGUUGAAACAUAUGAAUGAGUUGCGCAAAUUAAAAGUACAUUUUCUGGAAAAUGUGAAGGAUGCUGGAGAGGCUGGCAAUGCAAAAUUAUUUGAGAAGAGAAAACUCACAGAUUUAUUCUUGAAUUGGGGCAAAACUGUUGAUGAAUCAGACAAUGGAGUUGAUGAAUCAGACAGUGGAGUUGGAAGCCUGCGGAACAUUGUCAAUUCUGACUUAGAUGUGAAUGUGCUUGAUAAUCUUGAACCAUACAAAAAUUUGAAAAGAUUGGACAUUGGUUCAUAUGAGGGUGCAAGAUCUGCAAAAUGGAUGUACAAUGCCGAUUUGAUCUCCAAUCUGGAGUACAUCAGUCUGAACGGGUGCUCCUGUUUCUUUCCUUGCUUAACUGAACUCUUCCCCACCUCAAGUCGCUUUACCUUCGUAACAUGCCAAAAGCAAAGUGGCUUGAUUAUAAAUUCCAUGGGAAUGACAAGGUUACUGUGUUUCCAUCGUUGGAGGUGCUAA